CAAAACCACACCUUAGCCAAACCCUCCAUCGACGAUAUUUGGUUUUUGCAUUGCAUCAAUCAGCAGACUCCGCCACCCUUGCGAUGUGACGACGGCCUAAAACUAUGAGCUUAUUUUUUACGCCCUAUCCAUCUCAGUUUUCAGGCCCUGAGAUUUCGCGUUCUGCUAGGUCAACCUCGAAGUAUCGGAACGAAUCAUCCCUCGCGACCCUCGCGACGCACGGCGACCGACGGUCCUUUGUCUCUGGCUAUUGCGCCAGUCUCCUUGAUCGCUACCCAGGCGGCUUCUUCUGCUGUGUUUGCGUUUGACCACGAUACGGUCUAUUUGCGCUGGACAGACGCGCCACCAAACCGCCGGCUCUUGAGAUGCCCACGUUCUAACGACGUAUUUUCCCGAAUCUCGCCAUCAUGUCACAAUACCCGUACCCAUAUCCCUAUGGCCCGUAUCAUGGCCAACAACCGCAGCAGGGCUACCACUAUCCCAAUGCUCCCCACUUUCCCGCACCUGGUUAUGCCCCGCCAAACAACCCUCCCGCCCCAGCCAUAAACCGCGCAGCGUCACAGGCCUCUUUCGAUUACAAUGCGAAUCGAAUACCGGGCCUUGGGUUAGGGCCGCCGCCGCCACCGGGCAGAGAUCCGUCGGACUUUGGGCUUGGUCCGAGUUCUUGGAUUCAGCCACCUUUCUUUCCAACAUCUGUGUCGCACGUCCCGAUGCCUCAGCCUUCCACGGCAAGCUCGCUUCUUGCGAAGCAUUCACAAGCAAACUCUGCUAGCAACGGCCCGCGGGAGACCACGAGCCUUUCGAAUCAGCCCGCUCCUCCCCCAACCCGCCCGCCCGCUAAUGCCGAUGUUGAGGAAGGCGAGUUGAGCGAAGGACAGUUUGAAGACUUGUAUGAGCCUCGGGAAUCCGAUAAAGAUGCGGCAAAACCUGUUUCCAAGCUGAUGCCUGUUACCAAUCCAAGUCAACCGACGAGCGCUGCUGACACGCCCGAUGGCGGGUUCUACGGGAGUGACGAGGGGGAAGGUGGAAAUGCUCCACGGGACAAUGAAGGUCGUGAACGGUCGGCAUCAUAUUCGCCCUUUCUGUCUCCGCGGGAAAUUCAGAGCGAAGUUCCAACACCACAGCAAGCCUCUAGUAGUGGAGACGACCCUAAGAUACAAUCAGGCUCAACUCCGGCAGUUGCGGGCGCGAGCACCACGGCUGUACCCGGCCUACAACUUAAUGCGGGUUCAACUGCAAAUCCAUCGGCCAACGACAAUCCACAGCGGUUGGAGACGCCAGCUGAAUCCAAAGAGGACUCAUUUGGUCCUUUUAAAUCUUUGCAUGAAGCAAAAAAGGAGGCGCAAAAGGCGAUUUUGCGGUUGUGGCCGCUGGGGGUGAAGUAUCAAAACUACAUUGAUGAAGGCUUCGACGAGAAGUUGAUCAAGAGCUUGUUCCGAGACCUGCACCUUGACAUGCCAAAGGCAGCCGAUGAUCAUUUGACACCUCCAAAUGACACCCCCCAGUCCGCCCGAGGGGCCAAUUCCACGGUGACCAAGCCAGGGGCUCCUGCCACUGCGCAGGCGCAACCCUCGGGUCCUCCCCUUAAGGAUUCGUCCGUUGUGUCCGGUCAAGCAGGCAAAGGGGAAGAGCGGAAAGAUCGUAUUGCACGGCUUCUUGCUGCUAAAGCUGCCAAGACACCGGCAGCAGCAAAACCAAUGCCAACCGCGCCACAGUCCAAGCCAGCGACGGUCGAACCACAAUCUCAGAGCGCCGCGCCCGCUUCCUCCACCGCCACGAAAACAAAAGCAUGGGGCGAAAAAGAACGUCUGCUCCAGCAGAAGAUAGCGGCUCUGCAAAAAUCCCGAGAAGCACAAGCACAAAAGUCGGCAGCAGAGAAGAACGAACAGAAAGACGCACAGAGGAGCAACGAUGCACUGGCCAGCUCCUCUCAAAUGAGUCGGCCAGCCGAAGCUGAAUCUAUAACAGCCUCUACCGGCCCCGAAGCGGGCCCUGCUCGCGCGUCCAGUGCCGGACUUGGUCCUUCCAUUCCUGGUUUGCUGUUAUCACCAAACUCUAAGCCCAGUUCAUCAAACCACCGCAAGAGACCAGUGGCAUCGGACUUUGUGGACUAUGCUUCAGGUCCUCCGGGACCCGCCAAGCGACCAUUCGACCCGACCCACAAGCAGACUUCUCUAAUCAUCGAUGUCAGUGACGGAUCGGAUGACGAGGAAAUGGAGUUGGACAUGGAUAUGAGCUCCCCAGUUGAGACGUCACCCAUUCAAUCCAGUGAUAAUAGGACCCAGGGUGGGCCCUCUAUCCGUGACUUCCCACCGCUCACGGACACCUUUUCUCCCCGUCAGUUUUCAAGCCCUGCCCCGUCACUCACACCGCCCAGUAGCUCAGUCAACGGAACGAGGCGAGUGAGUGAAUUAGAAUCCAAAGAGAAGGCAAUUCAAGAGAUGAGAAGGAAAAUUGCAUUGGCAGAGGCGAGACGGAAAGCGAAGCAAAGCUCAGGAGGCUCUCUAACACCAAAUCCAGCGGGGUGGACUCCGGAACCCAAGGAGAGCGAAACGUUUCCGCCCAAUGGAGGUGAGCGGGCCGAAUCCAUGGGCAGCCCCAUCCAGCCAGAUAGGCCUACUUCCCAACCCAUGCUUGAUGGCUCGUUGACGACGCUGCCGAAUUCCUCGGAGACGUUGGAUCUGGAUCCUCUCAAGAGGACGGAACGUCGGAGUCGGAUCAUGAGCCUUGACCUGGCUCAGGUUGAUCCCUCUCUCGGAGAGAAGCUUAACCGACUGAAGCAGUUGCGAGACGAGGAAGAAAAACUGGAGGCUGAAAUUAGAAAAAGCCUGGCUGAAAAGAGGUUACUGACUGAUGAGUUGGACCAACUUGAUACCGGCCCUGAUGCCGGAAAGCAACAAGCCAAUGGCUUGGGCCCGGUCAAUAUUUCAGGCAUUUCUGAUUCUCAUGCCGAAAAUACCUCGGCAUCAUCGACUCCUGCAAUAUCCGAUGAGAGUCGAGAGGCUGGGGAUGUGUCAAUGGAGGAGACCGGUUUUCCAGAGGAGCAGACACGACGGCCAUCGGGGCCCGGCAGGCCCAACGAAUCCGAGGCGCUGGCAGCAACCACCACCGGAGGCACCGCUUUUCUACAAGACAGUUUAAGCAAUGUUAUCGAGGAGACCUCAAACGAGGAAGGCUUGGGAAUAUCAGCCCCCAAAGGGCGUGAUCCUGAGCAGAACGCCGAUCAGCCCUCACAAAAAGGCGACAUGAAUGUUGAGAUGGACGCUUCGAAUACUGCGAAUACCUUGAAUGCCUUGACUACAACCCAAGAACCAAGGGCAUUGAUUGAGAGGAAUUCCGUUGCCUCUGAAGGCCCUGGGCCAGCUGGUCCAUCUAACCCCGACGAGGAUACGCCGAUGGAGGUAGAGCCCAAAGCGUCGGAACCAGAAGCAGCAGAAGCCCCUCCUGGAGUCGAUACAGAUGAUGACACGAACGCUGCACGGCAAACGUCAGUACCAAUACCAGAUCAGAUCUCGGGCGUCGCACAGCCCCGCGAGGCGCUGCAGGAGAUGGAGAACGAGCCUUCAGGAGAAUUGCACCAUGAACCGGCGUCAAAGCCGGACCGCAAAUUAACCCCUUACCGAAGUCCUCUUCGCUAUUUCCACGCCUAUCGGUUUCAUGCCGAUUACCAAAACUCGGUUGCCGGCGGUUUGAAGUCAUUGACAUACAGCAACAGGAUUGACCCGCACAAGGAGUUCUGCCCCUUUGAACUCAGUGGAGAGCACUGUCCGCCCCAAUGCCAAUUCCAGCAUUUCAGCUCCAUUAUCCCACCUGGUGAGUCUUUCCCGACUUUGAAUGGGCUGCUAACAACAGACCUUCACGUCGCCCCUCUCGACGCUGACUCCUAGCCCUCUAUCACCCAGAUGACCAAAUCCUCCUGGAACUUGGCAAUCCGGACGACUACAAAGGCGAACAGAAGAGCCGUUUCAUCCAGGGCCUGCGGGAGCUUCUCCAGAAGUUCAAGGCCGACAGAGUCAAGGAC